AUGGCUCAGAUUCGAGGCACCGCAAACUACCACCUCGGCAACCAGCCGCAGUUCGGCGGCUCCUCGAGAGACGGCCCCUCCGACUCGAGUCCUCUCGACACCGUCCGCGACUACACGUCCAAGAUCGAGGAUGUGCUAGACACGUGGAGCGAGCCGAUCAAGCCAUACCUGCCCGCGCUUGGCCGCGCCUUGAUCGUCGUGACAUUCCUCGAGGACGCACUCCGAAUCCUGACACAAUGGAGCGACCAGCUCUUGUAUCUCCACGACUACAGGCACUUCCCUACCGGCCUCAACCACAUCUUCCUCAUGAUUAACAUUGUGGCCAUGAUCACGGGCUCGACGCUCGUCAUCAUCCGCAAGUACUCCGACUACGCCGUUGCCGGCCUCAUGGGCGUCGUGGUUGUCCAAGCGUUCGGCUACGGUUUGAUCUUCGACCUGAACUUCUUCCUUCGCAACCUGUCCGUUAUUGGCGGACUGUUGAUGGUCCUGUCCGAUUCCUGGGUCAGAAAGACCAAGGCUUUCGCCGGGCUUCCUUCGCUCGACGAGAAGGACAGGAAGAUGUACUUCCAGCUGGCUGGCCGUGUUCUGCUGAUCUUCCUGUUCAUUGGCUUCGUGUGGAGCGGCGAGUGGUCCCUCUGGCGCAUCAUCACCUCUGUCGUUGGUUUGAUUGCCUGCGUCAUGGUGGUUGUUGGAUUCAAGGCCAAGUUCAGCGCCACCCUCCUGGUCCUUAUCCUCAGCGUGUUCAACGUUCUUGUUAACAACUUCUGGACUCUUCACGAGCACCACCCCCACAAGGAUUUCGCCAAGUACGACUUCUUCCAGAUCCUGUCGAUUGUUGGAGGUCUCUUGCUCCUCGUUAACAGCGGCCCUGGACAAUUCAGCAUCGACGAGAAGAAGAAGGUCUACUAG